AACCCAUCUUGGGCAUGCCAUUUUAACCAUAUGUGCAAAGAAGUAUCUUCAAGACAAUGUCAAGAGCCUGUCUUGUCAUUCUCUUGGGUCUCCUAAUAAGCCAUUCGGUAAAUAGCCGUUCAUUCAGAGAGAAAUCCAAACUCGUAUCUGAUGGCAUAGACAAAACAAGCCAGAAUUCUGCAGGCCUUGAACUGGAUGUCACAGCAACAACAGUGACAUGCGAGCCCAUCUAUGGAUUCUUGCCUUGCGCAACAUCGGUUUGGGGUCAGCUCUUCAUGAUCAUUACAUACGAGUUCCUGCUGUCCCUUGCAGGGAAGUAUGUUUCCAGUGGCUCUGAACUUUUCUUCCAAUUGUUUGGAACUGGAAUCUUUGGUGCUAGCUUGUUCCACAUUCUUGGCGCUAUCCCCCAAGUGGCUUUGGUGCUCGCCACUGGAGUGACAGGAAGUACAAGUACAAUUGAAACGCUGGCAACAAUGGGAAUGGGCUUAUUGGCAGGAUCGACUAUCAUGCUUCUUACUUUAGUCUGGGCCUCGGUUGUUUCUUUCGGCAGCUAUGAUCUUUCACAGCCUUCAGCUAAUUCAUCAGACGAGGAAAACGUGAAACCAUUCAGUUUAACUGGUUAUGGUGUUAGUACUGAUGUUGAGACCUACUACACUGCAAGAAUAAUGAUGGCGUCUAUGAUCCCAUUUCUCAUUCUUCAACUGGCGAAAAUUCUGAAUUCAACUUCAGGCGAAAGAAUCGUAGUCUUAGUUUCACUCAUUGUUACUGUUGUUUUCCUCUUCGUGUACUGUACCUUUCAGGUAUUCCAGCCAUGGAUUCAGAAUAGAAGAUAUGAAUAUCUGACACGCUCGUAUGUUCAGAGGAAUCUACUACCAAGUCUUCUUACUGCUGGAGGCAGACCUAAUUUAACAGCUAUAAGAGAGUGUUUUCAGAAAAUUGACAAAAAUAGAGAUGACUCUAUUUCCGUUAGUGAACUGAGAGCAUUGAUCUUGGGAAUACAGAUAGAAGUAGGUUUGAAUGAGGAUGAAUUGGAAGCAAAGAUGAUGCAGGAGUUUGACAUCUCUGGUGAUGAUCGCAUCAAUGAGACUGAAUUCGUUAAAGGAAUCUCAAAAUGCCUUGUUCUGUCUCGUCACCCUGCUGACGAACAAGAUCAUGACAGGCCCAAGUUUUUUACCAGUAGUUCAAAGCAAUCGAGAUCAGAGCAGCAGAGUCUAUUGACCCAGAAACAGGAGAACAGUACGAAAACUCUAAAGACUUGGUUGAAUUACGUUAAGGCAGCUCUUCUAUUGCUUGUAGGAACUGCUAUCUCGGUUCUGCUUGGACUGCCACUUAUGCAAACUCUCCAAGAGUUCUCUAGUGAUGUGAACAUCCCAUCAUUCUUGGUGACAUAUGUUGUGGUGCCACUGGCUUUAAACAUCAGACAGGCACUCACAACAAUUACCUCUGCCAGAGAGAAGACGGAAAAAGCUAUAUCGUUAACCUUUUCUGAGAUUUACAAUGGAGUAUUCAUGAACAACAUGAUGGGAUUGGUCAUCUUCCUGGCUCUUGUUCUCAUACGAGAUUUGUCGUGGGAUGUCUCAGCUGAAAUUCUGGUUGUUCUACUCAUAUGCACAGCGAUGGGUCUCUUUACCAGCUUCCGCACCAAAUUUCCAUUCUGGACAAGCAUUCUAGCAUAUCUUCUCUACCCCUUGUCUCUGUUGAUUAUUUAUCUUCUUACCGAGGUUGCAUGUUGGUCCUAGGCAACCGCUUGCUCUACUGCUUCAGAAAACUUGAUUGUUAUGUAUUCGUUUAGUUUUACAUGUACAUCCAUUACAAUACUUCCAAUUAUCUUCAUCAGUUCCUGCAUCCAAUGCAGGAUAUUAUUAAA